GGCUGAUCAAUAUGAAGAAUGCAAAUUCAUUGAAAGUGAUUUGAAUACUCCAAGUUCCAACGUCCAACAUUCAUUUUUAAGCCUGACACGCCGCGCAACUCACCACUCUAAUCGCUAUUUGAAGGUAUCCUUACUCGAAUAUGUUUGAAGCUGAUCGGGAACAGCUUGCAAUUCGACAUGAUCUCACGCCAGAGGGAACUGAAACCGAACUGAACGAAUUGCUCCCAGAAUACAAGAUCCAUGAGGAACUCGCCCGUGGAAAGCUUUCUGUUGUGUACUUGUCUACAUGCAUGAAAGGUCGCCUGAGGAAUCGACUUAUCGCCCUUCGAAAGAAACAUCAUAACCCAUCUACAUCUCCGGAUGAGGUCCUCCGCGCGGAGAUAGCUGCCUCGAUUCAUCAAGCAAUAUACCACCCUUCCAUUCUAUCGCUACACGCUUUUAUUGCGACACCGUCUGCGAGCUAUCAUGUACUGGAAUAUUGUUCCAACGAUUCCCUUCGAUCUGUCUUACGUACCCGACCCUCUCUGAUGCUUUCCGAGGACGAGCUCAGAGGAGUCGUGACGAGUAUCGUGCAUGCACUUAUCUACCUACGGCAGGAACUAAUAUUACAUAGAAACAUCAAACCCAGCAACAUCUACUUCAACGGUGAAGGUCGUCUAAAACUGUCAGGGUUUGAUCUAGCACACAGACUCUCCUCAAUAGAUUCUACUGCGACGUCCUUCUGCGGAUCGCCACAAUACAUGUCUCCUGAGGUUGUCUCUGGGAUGCCAUACAGCUUCCCUACCGAUCUCUGGUCCUUAGGCUGCGUUAUAGUGACUUGCCUGACAGGCGCCCCCGCAUUUACGGUACCAAAGGAACCUGAGCUCCAUGAGAAGAUUACCAGUGGCACUUAUACCCUACCGCGGGUAUUAUCUUACGAAGCGAGAGACCUUAUUUCAGCAUUCCUUCAAGUUAGUCCUGGUGAUCGCGUUCCUCUACACCGUACUCUUGGUCACCCAUUCUUCAACCCUUCUCACCCUACGACACCCAUAAAGUUUCCUCUGAGAGACAAGGCACCUCAAGUGGUGUCGUCUGUUAUAUCUGAAGAGACCGUGCGCUCAAAACCGUCAUCCAGCAGAGUCUCCCAAUAUCCCGGUUCACUCUCCAAAGACUCUUCGACACUCAGGCCACCCUCUCGAUUCAGCUCACUCCCAACCUUAGGCAUACAGAAUAGGAAACCUCUUUCAGCCAUAGGAAGUCAUAGCUCUCGCACGCCCUCAAGCAGGUCUAUGCAGGCGCCUUCCACCAGACGCAUCUCCUCUGCACCCGUCUCUCCUGCUCUGCAUAACCCUGUUCGCAAGCCGCUCCUGUCUCCUUUUGAUUCGCAGUCUUCUACACCAUCCCUCAUGUCUGACUCUUCCCUUGUUGGAUCUAACGAUCUUCCUGUAAAGGCUUGCCCUUCUGGCUACUGCGAGCUAGAUGUCGAACUUUCGCAACAUGCACUACUGGAUUAUCCAUCUGCAAGAAUCUCCUCUCGUUCAUCAGCAAAACGGUUAGGAACACGACUUGCGGACUCAGAGAACAUACCACCCGUGGUUUCUAACCAUCGUCCUACCCCACCUGUUGUCUACACUCAACUUUACACUGAAGAUAUACCUCGUCGCGAAGAUACAAACUCCCAGCCUAUUUCUGCAGUCCCUAUCGGCACUACUCGACCUGUAGCUCUGAAUACACUGUGCCUAAUACCCCAAACCCACAAACUUGCUCAAGGCCAAAUCACGGUUUUACCUUCUCUGGCCUUACUCGUGGACUUCCGUGAAGGCGAACGUCGAAAAGGUCGCAAAGGUGUCGAAGUCUUGGUUAUCAGUCCCGAUGGAGAUAAAAUCGAUGUGUACAGCGCGCCACACCUCAGUACACCGUGCUGUCUCACGGAACCAAUUGCCGUGUACUCCUUGGACCAUUUGCCUGUGAUCUACUGGAAGCUGUAUAACGACGGUUGUAGUGUUAUACAACAGAUCAAGUCGCGGAUUCCGAAGCUUAUUCUGCAUAAGCCUGACGCCAAGUGCACUCUGAUGGCGAAUGAACCUCUAGGCGAUAUUGAAAUCCUUUCGCCCCCAGUGAAUGUCUCAUCCAAGCAUCCAUUCAAGGAUAACCAGGCGGUUCUACCAAUCAAAACUACCACACGUAUGCGACUUCUGCGACGUUCCGGAACUCUCGAAAUCUCGCGUUACCUACCUACCUCAUCUCAUUCUGGGCCUUUGACUGGCGAAUGGACGAAGAAAGUGAUACGAUUAACGAACCAUUCAGAAUGGAUCAGUUCAAAAGACCACAAAGGCUUGGACUCAAACGAAUCUAAUUUACUGCACAUUCUGGAACAUUUUCUGCAAGUCUGUGCCGCUGCCGAACAGUGUGAAAACUCGGAGAACGCUUCUCGAUCGCCGUCUCGUACAGGACCAUCCUCCUCAGGUAUCUCCAAGUCCAAGGACGGACGGACUCUCUUGCGACCUCUCUUACCAUCCCCUCCUGUACACCAAACCAACGUUGACGACGAUGUUACUAUUCGCGAUAAAUCUACUUCCCAUGAUACGAAGAGCUACUCGUCAGCUGGCGCGACGGUCAGUACGACCAUGUUUACUGAGAUGAACGUACCACGGAGACCCUUUAGGAUUCCUCCUUGAUAAGUCGGGGCAUUAUUGGAAAGAAUUGGCAUUUGUACAUACAGUACGGUACCGCUGUAUAAUACAAUACAGCAAGGGGCCUUGCAAUAUAGCUAGCGAAUUUCAAUAUCUUGACGCUGUUCAUGGAUCGUUACAAUUACAUCCCAGCUUCGAUUACGCAUCAAUGCUUGAGUCUAAAGAGAAGUCGUGAGGCAAAAAAGGUCGCACAUCAUA